AUGACUCACUGUCAAGCCCUAGUGUUGGUUGAUCCACUCAACGAGUUCUUACACCCAGAAGGGAAGUUGUAUGGGUUGUUGAAAGAAAGCCUUGACACGACCGGUACCCUAGCCAACAUCCGCCAACUUGUAGACGGAGCCCGUUCUGCGAAUAUUCCGAUCUAUUAUGGCCUUCAUCAAAUUACCCAAGAUGGCACCUACGCCGGCUGGCUACAUAUGCGCACCAAUCACGUUCGCAACAGAGACAAAAGGGUCUUUGCUGGCUGGGGCGCCGAGAUCGUCGAGGGACUGGAACCCAACACCAGCAAUGGGGACGUUGUCGUGAGCAGACAUUGGAACUCCAGCUCUUUUCGCAACACGGAUCUUGAUUAUCAGUUACGCCAGAGGGAAAUACAUCAUUUGAUCAUGGCGGGGAUGGUGGCGAAUACUUGUCUCGAGGCGACAGCCAGAGAGGCGAUUGAGUUGGGCUACAAAGUCACUUUACUCUCGGACUGUACAGCAGGUUUCAGUAACAAGCUCAAGGAAGCUGGAGAGGUUGUGUGGCCAACACUUUUCGAGGAAGUCAUCACUCUCAAACAGUGGCUGGCGACCAUUCAGGAGCAAAAAGGGGCGAAUGUAUGA